CCCUGGAAAAGUCAGCUGGACCGUGGAGGACCCGUGCGGUGCCGAAAAGCCGUGCAAUAAGCAAUAAUGUGUUUCUAGCUUGCCCAUCGCUGGUGCCCGUUGGGAAGGGGAGUGCAUAGUGCCCAUUACUGAACCGCUGGAGUGCUUGCUUUGCGUUUAAAAAAGGGGGGAAAACUGUGUCGCGAUUCCAAGCAGCUUGCUUUUCCGGGCCCCCUUCAAGUUACGCCUACGCACAUAUAACGCACAGCAGCAGCAGCAGCAGCAGCAGGCAACUACCAUGUCGGCAACUUACGGCACACGGAUGGAAUCGGAAUAUCCGCUCGACGAUACACUAGAAUAUUUUAUCAAAUUUCCUUCCCCCAACUUCCGGAGCGACACACAAACAGCCGAAAGUGACUACGUGUUCGUGUGCAACGAGACGAACGUGCCGAUAGUGCUGCUGCUUGGCUGGGCCGGCUGCCAGGACAAGUACCUGAUGAAGUACUCCAAGAUCUACGAAGAUCGUGGUCUUAUUACGAUCCGCUACACGGCACCGGUGGAAAAUUUGUUCUGGAAACGAGCCGCCAUGCACCAGAUUGGGGAGAAAAUAUUGAAACUGAUUUACGACAUGAACUUCGACAGCCAUCCGCUGAUAUUCCACGUGUUUUCCAAUGGUGGCGCUUUCCUGUAUCAGCAUAUUGCCGUGGCACUGAGGCGCUCCAAAUCGCCGAUCAACAUUUGCGGCAUGAUAUUCGAUUCCGCUCCGGGAGAUCGGCGGAUCGUGGGUCUCUAUCGGGCGAUAGCAGCUAUCUACGGCAAGGAGCGCCGUUGCAACCGACUCUUAUCGGCACUGAUGGCCAUCGCUGCAAUUAUUCUAUGGACAUUUGAAGACGCCUUGAACUACGUCUUGAAUUUUGUUAGGCCUCGCGGCUAUGAAGUACAAACUAAUCCCUCAAACAAUCUCAAAUACGAAAGCAACGCAUGGCCCCAGCUAUUUCUUUACUCCAAAGAGGAUCGGUUAAUACCAUACACCGACAUAGAAAAAUUUGCCAAUUAUCGAAGCCGGUGUGGGGUGGACGUGCGUAUGGUAUGCUUUGACCGGUCGGAACACGUCAAGCACUACAUACGACACCCGCAGCAGUACAUUUACACGGUGUGCAAAUUCAUCAACGAUUGUUUAUCGAACUACUACAACAAGUUCCACAAUUAAACCUGUGUCGAUCUAGUCGUAGGUUUUGAUUGGGUUUUUGGUGAUGAAAGCGAUUCAAUUCCCCUUUAGCGAGACGCACAAAGGAAAGGGAAGCGCGAUGGUCCUGUAUUUUCGUCUUAAAGCACACCCUUUGCAAACGCACAUUUUGUCUACGAAACGCGCAAAUUACACUGACCACCACCCAAGCAGUGUAUGUGACUUUAGGCUAAAGGUCUUAUUCUUCGAAGGUCACUCCAGCUAAAGAUUCUCCCUACGGUUUUCGGUUUCGCGGUAUAUGCAUAGCAAUUGAUUUUGUGAUGAUUCCCCUAGAACAUCUGAGCAUGUUUAAACUUUGCCUUAAUUCUGAACGCAGCUCAAAAUGCGAUCGUAUGUUAAACUUUCCUAGAGACUCGUAGAGCUAACAAAAGAUUAUCAAAACUUGUAAGUGUACGUAAGUGAACACGAGUGGUUUAGCCG